AAAAACAGUUUGAAGAAAAAGACAGAAGUGGCCAAAAACCCUGAGAUCUCGACCUUAAUCCUCAGACUAGCGAGAAGCAAGAACAAAGGGUUUUGCCCGCAACGAUUUUCUCUAUCUCACACAUUCAAGAUAGGAAAACUAAAUGUUGGCCAGAGGCAGAAAAGUUGCUGGGAAGGGGGAGACAGUGGCUGCACAUUAUGCUUUUGGCCCACUUGAAGAUGAUUUUAUUAUUAAGCACAGACUUCUUACUCGCACAACAACCACUAGAGGUGAACCGCCGUUGAAGAAACUUCAGAAAAAGUUUACUGCUUUUGCUUCAGAGGUAGAGAAGGAAGCUGAUAACUAUGGCGAUUGUGAAAAACUUGCCAAAGCUUUUUUGCAAGAGCUAAAUACGUUUGAGAUUCCUCUCCUAAAGAGCAAAGCAGUCAUAGAUGCAAACCUUAGAGAGAAGGAAAAUUUCAAUGACCUGAAAGAUGAGAUAAAUGGACAAAUAUUACAAGCUCAGGCCGAUAUAGAAGAUCUCAAGAGGCAACUUGAAGAAAGCAAGAUAGAGAGGCAGCAUAAAGAAGAGUGUGAGGCCAUCAGGAAGUUGGUUGCGAUGCAGCCUCCAAGAUCUGAAACUCAGAAGGUUAUUACAGACCUUGAGAAAGAGAUAGCCAUGUUGGAGGCAGAGAAUACUGCUAGUUCAAGAACAUUAGAGCUUCGUAAAAAGCAAUUUGCGCUUCUAUUACACGUGGUUGAUGAGUUGCAGAACACGAUAGAAGAAGAACAGAGGAGUUUGGUUGAAGAGAUGAGGAAUGCAGUUGAUGAUCAUAAUAAGAAUGGGCUGGAGGAUGCUACUGGGGGUCUUGAAGCAAUGGCUGUGGAUUAGCGAGUGGUUUGCACUUGGACUCCCGUAAUUAUAAGCUUGGCAUACUAAGGACAAGACUUUGCCAGAUGACAAAUAGCUCCUACCAAUGGCUGUAUUUUAGUAUUAAGCACUCUUUUUUCUUGGAAAAGAAUUUCCAAACCCCUAGCCUUUUUCAAGGCAUAUAGUAAAUUUAUGUCAACUUUGUAUCAGAUGCCAAAUUUAGGAGGUGUAAGUUCAAGGACCUGGCUAUUUGGACCUCUAAUGUGCCUGAGAAUCAGCCUCUACUAAUUUUGAUAUUUCUUUCAGAAUUAUGAUAUCAUGUUGAUUCCAGUCCUAUAAAAUAUCAAUCAAUGAGCCCUCCUCUGUCCCCAACUCCUCCCCCACCCAGGGCCCAAACUGUUCUCUUUCUUCCUUUUUGUGAUGACAAUGGUAUUCUGAUCAACUUGUGUAUACAUGGACUAUAUUACCUGUUGCUUGAUACUGUCAACCAGUACAGAUACCGAAUAACUCUUCCCAUCAAGGUCAAGGCAAAUCGGAAGAAAUUGCCUUGUGUUUUUUUUUGUCCGGUGAUAUUUGAAUCGGGGUCCCCCAUAGCUCUACUCACUUCAUUUACGCAGACCAGAGUCUUGUAAUAGCUUUCCGUCAUGCUAUUUAACAAUUUUUGCAUUUCUAUGAUAGUGUAGAAAUACAGUACACACUACCAUCCCCAGACACCACUUAUGAGAUUACACUGAGUUUGUUGUUAUUGUUGUUGUUGUUGUUGUAUGAUAGUGUAGAAAUGCUGGAUAUGACAGUUUAUUUAAUG